AUGAAGGAAAAGAUGGCUCCAACCGAGUCAACCCCUUUGUUGACGGUCAAUGUCGCACCUCAGCGUUAUCGGUAUCCUCAUCAUAAGGUGCGCCGUGCGUGUACUUGGUUCUUGAGCUUACUCCUCAUUGCUACGGCCCUGUUCUUAAUUCCGUCAUCCUUGUGGCCCCGAGCACAUGGAUCAGUAUUCUCUUACCUUCCCUGGGCCCAACCCUUUCCCCACGAGGCCUGGCCGCAAAGCCUUGGGCUUUCGUAUGAUCAAUUGCAGCAAAUCCUGUUAAACAUCCCAUCCGCAGCCAAAGCUCGCGAAUGGAGCUCCUACUAUACUGCUGGGCCCCACCUGGCUGGUAAGAACCUGAGCCAAGCCCUCUGGACCCUAGAAAAAUGGAAGGAGUUCGGCGUCGAGGAUACCACUCUCGCUUCGUAUGACAUCUACCUCAACUACCCUCUAGACCAUCGGCUGGCGCUUUUGAAAAAGUCCGCGGACAAGACCGAGGUUACCUUCGAGGCCACCCUCGAGGAAGAUCAACUCAAAGAAGACCCGACCACGAGCUUGCCAGACCGUGUCCCCUCAUUUCACGGAUAUUCUGCGAAUGGUAAUGUUACCGCCCAGUACGUGUAUGCCAACUUCGGCACCUAUCAAGAUUAUGAAGAUCUUGUUGCUGCAAACGUCCCCCUCGAAGGCAAAAUUGCUCUUGUCAAAUAUGGUGGAAUCUUCCGUGGCCUGAAAGUAAAGCGCGCGCAGGAGCUUGGCAUGGUCGGGGUGGUGAUCUACACUGAUCCGCAAGAGGACGGCAAGAUCACCGAAGAAAAUGGAUACAAAGCUUACCCGGAUGGACCGGCACGCAAUCCCAGUGCUAUCCAAAGGGGAAGUACUCAGUUCUUGAGUGAGUAUCGGAUUCCACGUUCCUUUUCUAUUGCAUCCUUCCUGGUGACCCAACCACCCCCCGGAUAUGCAUCCAAGCCCGGUGUUGAGAGACAGGAUCCUCAGCACUCGAUCCCUUCAAUCCCUUCUAUCCCAAUUUCCUACAAGGAAGCCCUUCCAUUCUUGAAGGCUCUUAACGGACACGGUCCCAAGGCAUCUGAUUUCAAUAAAUACUGGCAGGGCGGCGGUCUUGGCUACAAGGGCGUCGAGUAUAACAUUGGACCCUCACCCGAAGAUGUCGUCAUCAACCUUGACAACCAGCAAGAGUAUGUGACUACUCCACUAUGGGAUGUCAUCGGUGUCAUCAAGGGACAUAUCAAAGACGAGGUCAUCGUGUUGGGUAACCAUCGUGAUGCCUGGAUUGCGGGUGGUGCGGGUGAUCCCAACAGCGGAUCGGCUGCCCUCAAUGAAGUUAUUCGUAGCUUUGGCGAGGCACUCAAGGCCGGUUGGAGGCCUCUGCGGACCGUCGUCUUUGCUAGCUGGGAUGGCGAAGAGUAUGGCCUGCUCGGUUCGACUGAGUGGGUGGAGGAGAACCUCCCUUGGCUCUCCAAGGCCAAUGUCGCAUACCUCAAUGUUGAUGUUGCUACUGCCGGAACUUCCUUUUCACCGAGCGCUGCUCCACUAUUAAACAAAGUUAUCCAGGAGGUGACGGGACUCGUACAGUCUCCCAACCAAACCGUGCCAGGCCAAACCGUGCGUGAUGUCUGGAACGGCAAGAUCUCCACCAUGGGCAGUGGGAGUGACUUUACCGCAUUCCAAGAUUUCGCCGGCGUCGCCAGUUUGGACUUUGGCUUUGGCCGAGGAGAGAACGAUCCUGUUUAUCCCUAUCACUCCAACUACGAUAGCUUUGCGUGGAUGGAGAGGUUCGGGGACAAAGAUUUCGCAUACCAUGCUACAGCCGCUAAACUCUGGGCUUUGGCCGCUGCUCAACUUAUCGAAUCGCCAGUCAUUGCCUUCAGCUCUGGUGAUUACGCAGACGCUUUGCAAUCCUACCUGGAGCACAUCAAACCAACCGCUGAAAAACUCCCUGCCGGCACCCACUUGGAUUUUGCCCCUCUGGAAGAUGCUAUCGCUGAGUUCAAGCUUGCCGCAAAGGCCUUUGACAUUUACACUGCUAGCCUCACCGAGCAACUGGGCCACCAUAUUCCUUGGUACCAUUGGUGGAAGAAAGUCAAGCUGCUCUUCCAGGUUCGCAUCGCCAACGACAAGUACAAGGCGUUGGAACGUGCGUUCCUGUACCAGCCUGGACUCGACGGUCGCGAAUGGUUCAAGCAUGUUGUUUUCGCUCCCGGCAUUUGGACUGGAUACUCGGGUGCAACCUAUCCAGGCUUGGUUGAGAGCUUAGAAGCCCAGGAUCUGGAAAACGCAAAGAAAUGGAGCACCAUCAUCCAAGAGCGGCUCCAGGAUGCAACCAAGCUUCUAUCUUAA